AUGUCAGCAGCAUGCAGUAGUGUGAGCAGCGAUGGCCAAACAUGGCGUCCAAUGCCAGGGUUCGCGUUGAGGAACGCAUUAAGAUUAAUAUCGGAGAGGCUAAAAAUCUGCCAUCUCGUGGCCAUGGAUCUGUUGGUGGCAGAGAUGUGUUUUGCACUGUGAAUCUUGACCAAGAGGAAGUGCACAGGACUAACACAGUGGAGAAGACUCUAAACCCAUUCUUCGGUGAUGAGUAUAAUUUUGAUAUACCAAGAAAAUUCAGAUGGCUAUCCUUCUACAUAUACGACCGCGAGCGCAGUGGCAAGCAGGACAAGGUGCUGGGCAAGGUGUCCAUCAAGAAGGAGGACCUGCGCAAGUACCAGGGCAAGGACCACUGGUUCGACAUCCUGCCGGUGGACUGCGACUCGGAGGUGCAGGGCGAGGUGCACCUGGAGGUGCGGCUCGAGCCCAUCCAAAAGUCGGAGGACGCGCCCACGCUCACCCGGCUCAGCGUCCGAGUGAUCGAGUGUAACGGCCUCACCAAGAACAACGGCGCCUGCGACCCGCACGUCAAUGUCUCGCUGUGGUGCGAAAAUGAAAAGCUGGAGUCGAAGCGCACUAAGAGGAAAAGCAAGACGACGUCUCCCACCUUCAACGAGACCUUCCACUUUGAGAUCCCACAGCGGCCCGGCGAGAUCACUGCCGACUCGCUGGCGGCGCUGCAGCUGCGAGUCACGGUGUGGCACGACUCGCCGGGUAUCUUCGGUAACAUCUUCCUGGGGGAGGUGCGCGUUCCGCUGACCGGCGAGGCCGGCCUCAAACUCAACCUCAGUCACGACACCUGGUACUUCCUCCAGCCGCGCGAGAACAACCGUGUGAUCGCACACGACCUUGGCUCGUUGCGACUGAAACUCAACUACACCUCUGACGAGGUGAUAAGCAGCAAGCACUACGACCAGCUGCUGGGCCUGGUGCUCCAGAGCCCCAUGGUGAAGCCGGUGACGUGCAGCGCCGCCUACAUUCUGGGCCAGGUAGUCUCCAACAAGCAGGAGGCCGCCGAGCCGCUGGUGCGACUCUUCCUGCACCACGGCAAGAUCGUGCCCUUCAUCGAGUCACUCUCGGAGCGCGAGAUCGCACUGGAGACGGACCCGAACACAAUAUUCCGGGGGAACACGCUGGUCUCCAAGUGUAUGGACGAGCUGAUGAAGCUCGCCGGCCUCCACUACCUGCACACCGUACUGCGGCCGGUGGUGGAGCGGAUCUACCAGGAGCGACGGCCCUGCGAGGUGGACCCCGGCAAACUGGGCGACGGUGAGCGGCUGGAGACCAACUUCGCCAACCUGAAGGGCUACAUCCAGGAGACGUUCGCGGCCAUCAGCAAGUCGGCCUACCAGUGUCCCUCCACCAUGUGCCGGGUGUUCGCGGCGCUCAAACGCCAGGCCAGGGUCUUCUUCCCAGACAACCAGGAGGUGCAGUACUGCGUGCUGUCCGGGUUCGUCUUCCUGCGCUUCUUCGCGCCGGCGCUGCUCAACCCCAAGCUGUUUGAUCUGACACAGGAGCAGCUGGAUCCUCAGACGAGCCGCACGCUGAAGCUCAUCUCCAAGACGAUCAACAGCCUAGGCAGCUGCGUGGGCUCCCGGAGCAGCGUCGUCUCCUGCAAGGAGGAGUACAUGAUGGCAAUCAACAAGGACUUCUUCACCGACAGCUAUCUGCAGAAGUUGAGACUGUUUCUGGAUGUGAUCUCGACCGAGUCUGCGCCCCACCAGGCUCUGGACUCGCCCAUCAUCCUCAAGGAGGGCCAGCUGGUGAAGCGGGCCAUGAGCCGGAGGAUCUCCCUGAACAUCUUCCGACCAAGCUUUGUGCGGCGUCACUUCUGUCUGACCACGCGAGGCCUCUCCUACUCAGUCAGCAAAGGGGAACGGCCGCGACACGAGAUCCCCGUGGACAAUAUCCGGGGCGUGGAGCCGGUCGACGAGGCCGUCUUCAAGAAGCGCAAUAUGUUCAGGAUCGUACAGCCCGACCGGGAUCUCUACAUGCAGGCUAACAACUGCGUGGAGCAGAAGGAGUGGGUGGACAUCCUGUCCAAGGUAGUGUCGCACAACCUGGACAAGACGGAGCAGUACCACCCGGGUCUGUUCCGCGAGGCGGCCGGCUGGACGUGCUGCCGCUCGCCCACGCAGACGGCCAUCGGCUGCGCGCCCGUCACCGCCGACAAGCUGCACGCCGACAUUAAGCUGGCGACCGACAGCGACCGCGAGAUGGAGCGGCUCUACGCCCUGUUCUCGGCGCACCUCGAGCAGCUCCGGCGGCUCCAAGAGUCGUUCAGCUACCAUCCGGCGUACGCGGGCGACCCCAGCUUCGAGCCCAAGGACACGGUGGUGGGCUACAACACGGUGGCCAGCAUCAUCUCGGCGGUGAACUCUCUGCAGCAGGAGCACCACGACCACGACCGGAGCCGGGCGCGCGGCAUCCGCUACGGCAGCCGGAUGGCGCCCAUCGGCGACGACAACUACCUGCAGCUGCGGGCGGCGGCCGCCUCCGAGUCCGGGCCGCGCCGCUACCGACCCGUCGGCAGCACGCCCGGCUAGACAGGCCGGCCGCCGCGCCGGCCCGGCAGCGUCCCCUAGUCAGCCGCGCCGCGCCGCCCGCCACCGGCAGCCACUACUGGGCGGGGCCGGCGCCGGCCCUGUCCGCGCCCGCCCGUCCCGUCUGCAUUUAUUACCGGUGCUCCGUGCGCGGAGUGCCGGGCGGGCGGGCCGCACUGCCAGCAGUACAGGUGCUGGGCGCAGACCGAGUCGCCCCACCCGACCCGACCCGACCCGACGGGCCCGGCGCCGCCCGGCCGUCGGAACUCGACACGCCGCGAGCGAGAAGAAGAGGUACCUCGUAUGUUUAUGUAGUUGACAACGUUUAGUUACUUUGUAAUACUCAUUAACUGAUGAGAGAUGCGCGCAGUUUUGAUACGAUCUUUGACGUUGUCGCUUGUGUCUGUGUUGUGCUGAGAUUGUUGUAUUCUGUUGGAUGUAGCCCGUUACGACUGCGCCGGCUCGCGAGCGGCGGCGGCGCGCGGAGGCCCGUGCCGUGAUCUCAGUCGGAGGAACCGGUCACCGCCGCGCCGCCGCCCAGCCGGCCGCCAGUGCCCAGAUCUGCCCCCCCCCCCCCUCAUCGCUGCCAUAUCGUCCGCCGCCCCAGCCGGACCGUUGUAAUUGUGUACGUGUCUGCGCGCGACGUCAGGUGCCGGGCCAGUCGGCCGCUGCAGCUGCUACCGCUGGCCAUCGUCGUAGUGAAAUUAGAUUAUUUAUUGGUUGUUACGGAGAGGCCGGCCGGCCGUCGCUCGGAGUGUGUGGGUCCGCCGGCGCCGCGCCUGGUCCGGUGCCGGCCGGUCUGUGUCUGUGUGUCUGUGGGAGGUGAAUGUUGGGCGGGUUUGGCGUCAACAGCCGCCCGCCGGUACUCAGACGUGGGCGGCGGCCGGCCGGCGCGCGGGCCGCCCGCCGUGUGCAACUGUUGCGUCGCUUCUGUCGCCGACUCUGCCCCUAACCCGGUCUGUGCGGCGAGAGCCAGUAACCCGACGGGCGCUCGCCGCACGUCCAUCGCCUAUUUUAAUACAUUUGUAACAAAUCAG